AUGGGCUUUGAAAACAAGCGCGUCGCCAUUGUCGGCGGCGGCCUCGGUGGCAUGUCGUUCCUGAACGCUGCCUUGUACGCCGGACUUAAGAAUGUGCAGCUUUACGAGCAAGCACCACAAUUCGCCGAGGUCGGUGCCGGCGUCAAUAUUACAUCUAACGCGAACCGUGUCCUUGAUGCCUUCGGUCUGAAAGAGAGCAUGACUCGCAAGUCCUCGCGUAAGCUGCCUUGCUACAUGGAGUACCACAGCUACAAGAGCGGUGAUUACCUGGGUCACAUUGAAGAGUUCUCCACCCCCCGGCCCUCUAGUCUGAACCUGGGCAAGCACCUUGCCUCGAUCGACCGAAACACCAGUGAGGGUGCCGCACCUUACACUCUGCAUUUUGAAGAUGGUAGCACUGCCGACGCCGAUAUCGUGAUUGGAUGUGAUGGCAUCAAGUCUAACGUUCGCCGGGAUAUGGGUCUGGGUGACUCGCCCAACUACUCGGGUCAGGUCGUUUACCGUGGCUUUGUCGACUACAAAGACCUGCCUGGAGACACCGCACAGCUGCUCCGCAAGACUGUCAACUUCCGCGGUCCUAACCGUCACGUCCUGAUUCUGCCUAUUGGUAACAAGGAGACGGAGACUGAUCGCGCGGCCAUCAUUGGUUUUAUGUCGGAGUCACUCGAUUCCUGGGACUCAGAGAGCUGGAUGUCCCGCUCUGAUAUUGAUAGUCUGCAGGAGCAUGUCCGUGACUGGUGCCCGCAGGUUCAAGACAUCAUUGCUGGACUCCGCAAAAGCUCACCUGACCAGAAGAUGCUGAAGCAGGCGCUUUACGUACGUGAUCCGAUUAGCAAGUGGUAUGAGAUGAAGGAGGACCAAAAGGAUGCUGGUAUCAUUCUUCUUGGUGACUCGGCUCACUCGACUCUUCCCCACCAAGGCCAGGGAACAUGCAUGGCUAUCGAGUCGGGUAUUGCACUCGCAACUGUCCUGCGUCACUGGAAGAAUGAUGAUCUGCAGGGAGCUUUCCAAUUCUACCAGGAUCUGCGCAAGCCCCGGACAGACCGGGUCACACAAACUAGUUACGAAGCUGGCAAGCUUGCAAGCUCGGAGUCGCCAGACGAGAUGACCGAUAACUUCAACCCCACCGCUCUUGGGGAGCGCAUGAAGUGGAUUAUGGAGUACAAUGUACUGGAGGACUUGAAGGUCAAGGGAGCUGAGGUUCUGGAUUUCCACGACUCUCGACUGUAA